UAAGACUAGCAAUCAAAUUCCCUCUGCAAAAUUCCUUAAGCUUUUAAGAAUGGCGCAAGUUAGACAUAUGCCUAUUAAUUCUUUCCUUCCUUCACAGAGUAAUCUACAUAGUUACCAAAAUCUUGGGUCUGGGUUACGGUGCGGGCAAUCCCCAUCAUUAAAGUCCAGAAAACGGGUCUCCAUCCGGGCUUCUUAUGUUCAAGACCCAACCGAGAAUACAAGGAUCCAUUUGUCUAAUCUUGAGAAGUUGUUACAAAAGGAAGCAGAGCCCGAAGUGAGGCCCGUUGAUAUAACAAAUCAGCAGCCUGAGAAUAGCCGUGUGAAGAGAAUACUUGAUGGGCUUAACUUGGCCCAGAUAUGGCCUGAGGGAAUACCGGGCCGGGGCGGCGAGAUAGCCGCUGAGAUGUCUCCCCGCCGCUUGGCCCAGAUUCAGGAGUUGUUGCUUAAGCAACAACCGGAGUAUUCUCCCAGGAAUCAUUUGGGAACCCAGUGGAGAGAGUAUCAUGGGAGUCGGGAUUGGGAAGGUUUAAUUGACCCUCUCGAUGAAAAUCUUCGUCGAGAGAUAGUCAGGUGUGGUGAGUUUAUUCAAACUGCCUACCAAUCCUUCCACUCUGAUCCCGCUACUACUGAAGAGGGGAUCAGAUCAUGGAAGGAGAUUGAGUUAUCAGAUAAAUCAUAUAAAGUAACUAAAAAUUUGUACACCACAUCAUCUAUUGGUUUACCCAAAUGGGUAGAUAAUGUGGCACCCGAUUUAGGGUGGAUGACCCAACGAUCAAGUUGGGUCGGAUUUGUCGCCGUUUGUGAGGACGAUCGUGAAAUUGCAAGAAUGGGAAGAAGGGAUAUUAUUAUCUCACUUCGAGGAACUGCCACGUGUCUUGAGUGGGCUGAAAAUUUUCGGGCCUUACUCACUCCAAUGGAAGAAACAUCAACAUUUGAAGCUCAAUCCCCCGAAUCGGAAGCUAAGGUGGAAUGUGGGUUCCUAAGUUUAUUCCGAACCAAAGGAGAAUAUACCCCAAGCCUAGCCGAGGAAGUGGUACAAGAAAUUAGACGAUUAUUAGAUUUGUAUAAAGGUGAACAAUUAAGUAUUACCAUAACCGGACAUAGCCUUGGGGCGGCUUUAGCCCUACUAGUCGCCGACGCGAUCAGCACUUGCGCCCUGGAAGUCCCUUCAGUGGCGGUUUUUUCUUUUGGUGGACCCCGUGUAGGAAAUCGAGCCUUUGCAAACAGAAUAAAAUCUAAUAAUGUAAAGGUCCUAAGAAUAGUAAACAACCAAGACAUAAUUACAAGAGUACCGGGAAUGUUCAUGAGCGAUGAGCUCGACCAAAAGUUAAGAGAUAACCCUCAAAUUUCAGGAGUACUUGAAUUCCUAGAUAAUAAAUUGCCAUUAGCUUACUCUCACGUAGGAACAGAGCUAAAGGUUGAUACAAAAAUGUCACCUUACUUGAGACCAGACGCUGACGUGGCAUGUUGCCAUGAUUUGGAAGCAUACUUGCAUUUGGUGGAUGGUUUCAUGGCAUCAAAUUGCCCAUUUAGACCGAAUGCAAAACGGAGCUUGUUUAAAUUGUUAAGUGAACAAGGAUCUAAUGUCAAAAAAUUGUAUACAAAUAAAACUAAGUCUUUGACUUUAAAGAUUGAGAAUAAUGGAGUGGUAGCCAUGUCUAAUUGUUUGGCUAGCCAUUCUUUACCAAAUAAAUAAAAAUUAAUUUUCUCUCCCAAACAAAACCUAAAUAUUGGGAGAGAAUUUUCUA